AUGUCGUCUGGUAGGAUCACAUUUGAAGGAAUAGCAGGAUCUUCCUACACUGGUGACAUAGCCAUUGAUGAUGUUUCAAUAAGCAGUGGAAGUUGCCUUGGGCAAACUGCUCCUCCAACUCUACCACCGACUAUAUUACCAACAACCGUUCCCGCAAUCGCUUCAUGUGACUUCGAUUAUGGACUGUGCUCUGGCUGGCGACAGUCCAACUCAGACAUCUUUAACUGGACGCGACAUUAUGGAUCAACACUAUCUUCUAGUACAGGCCCCGAUCAAGAUCAUACUAGUGGGUCAGGAUACUAUAUGUACAUCGAGACGUCUUCUCCCCGAGUCGCCGGUGAUAACGCAAAGCUUAUUUUAUCAGUAUCUGACAAUAAACAGCUGUCUUGUCUAAAGUUCUAUUAUCACAUGUAUGGAGGUACCAUGGGGACUCUUACUGUCUUCAGUGGAAACUUGGUAGUAUUCAAUGCGUCCGGAAACCAUGGUAACUACUGGAAUGAGGCAAACGUAAACAUUUAUUUGGAAAACGACGUGACAUUUGAAGGAAUCAGAGGAUCGUCUUUUACCGGCGACUUAGCCAUAGAUGAUGUCUCGAUUAGCAGUGGAAGCUGCUUUGGUCAGACUGUAGCACCUCCAACUUUCCCGUCGGUACCAACAUAUGUUCCUUCGUCUGGUUUGCCUACUUCUGGUUUGCCUUCAACCUCAGUUGGUUCAUCCACACAUAAUCCGUCCAAGCCUCCAACUAGCGCACCAGCAACUAUUCCUGGGAACGCUUCAUGUGACUUCGAUUAUGGACUGUGCUCUGGCUGGCGACAGUCUAACUCAGAUACCUUUGACUGGACACGACACAGAGGGUCAACACCAUCCCACAAUACAGGCCCAGAUAACGAUCAUACCAGUGGAGAAGGAUACUACAUGUACAUCGAGACGUCUUCUCCCAAAGUCCCUGGUGAUAGCGCAAAGCUUACGUUUUCUGUACCUGGCAAUAAACAGCUGUCCUGCCUCAAGUUCUUUUAUCACAUGUAUGGUGACACCAUAGAGACUCUAACAGUCUUUAGCGGAAAUUCGGUGGUAUUCGAAGCUUUAGGAAACCAUGGCAACAGCUGGAAAGAAGCCAAAAUAAACAUUUAUUUGGAUUACGACGUGACAUUUGAAGGAAUCAGAGGAUCGUCUUUCACUGGUGACAUAGCCAUAGAUGAUGUAUCUAUUAGCAGUGGAAGCUGCUUUGGUCAGACGGCAGCACCUCCAACUUUUCCGACGGGAUCAACAUAUGCUCCUUCUAGUCUGCCUCCUAACUCAACAAGUUCAUCCACUGACGAGCCGUCCGUGCCUCCAACUACAGCAACAUAUGAUCCUUCAUCUGGUUUGCCUUCUAGUUUCCCUUCAAACUCAACUACUUCAUCCGCUCAUAAGCCGUCUGCUUCUCCAACUAGCUUACCAGCAGGCUGUUCAGAUAAGCCAGGAUUCCUAAAUUGUGCUUCUCUUCCUCAUUAUGGCAAUUUUUGCAUAGUCCAUUCCAACUGGACGAAAGAGUAUUGCGCCAAGUCAUGUGGAUUUUGUGGAGAUGAUCAAGAUAGUCCUCCAACUGAUCUUGACCUUGACCUUGACCAUGCUACUCAAACACCAUCAAACGAGUCAAUUCAAGAGUCAGUUAUGUUAGAAAUUCGAGGUCUGGAUAUGACGAAGUGGGACGAACAAAUGAAGGAUGACUUUAAGCGUGAAGUUGCAAGGGUAGCUACAGAUUACUGUGCCGCUGACGAGACGCUGUGUCAAUCAAAUGCAACGAGUUCCCGUCGGAGACGGUCGUCUGACAAAAUGGCAUUUUCAGGCAACAUGGUUCACAUUAUUCCAGGCUAUCCAAUCCAGUCACCUGAAGAUAAUCGAACAGCCUUGCUAGCGUUCUACUUACAACUGCCAGAGGGAUUCUCGCAAAAUGUGGUUCCCAAAGAUGUCCUUAUAGACAUUGUGAAUAGUAAUAUGUCCAGUAUUGGAGGAUCGAUGAAUGGA